UCAACCUCAGUUCCGCCCGGAGCUGGAGGAGACCGCGCGUGGCUUCUGCGGUCCCAGAGCCUCCGAGGGAGGAACUCGCGCCUGCGGCUGUGGACUCGGCUUCAGAUCCAACAUGGGCCUCCGGAGGCUGUUGUUGCCCACACCGCUCCGUUGGGCCUCGAGGGCCACUUUGCUGAGAGCCCCCGAGUGCAGAACCCGACGAUGGACACGCUCUGCCAGUGGGCAGUGUAGGGCUGUGAUAUUUGACAUGGGCGGCGUGCUAAUCCCUUCCCCAGGGAGAUUGGCUGCAGAAUGGGAAGUCAAAAAUCAGAUCCCUUCUGGAAGUACCCUGAAGGCCUUGAUCGCAGGUGGUGAAAACGGACCUUGGAUGAAGUUUAUGAGAGCAGAGAUAUCCACAGAGCAAUUUUUACAAGAAUUUAGGAGACAUUUUUCAGAAAUGUCAGAGACGUCGGUACCUGUGGACUCAUUUUUCUCCCUGCUGACCAGUGAGCGAGUAGCCAAGCAAAUCCCAGUGAUGACUGAGGCCAUAACUCGAAUCCGGGCAAAGGGUCUUCAGACUGCAGUCUUGAGCAAUAACUUCUUCCUGCCCAAUGGGAAAAGCUUUUUACCUCUGGACCGGAAACAGUUUGAUGUGGUUGUGGAAUCCUGCCUGGAAGGGAUCACUAAGCCAGACCCAAGGAUAUACAAGCUGUGCCUGGACCGCCUGGGUGUGCAGCCUUCUGAAUCCAUCUUCCUCGAUGAUCUGGGACCAAAUCUCAAAGCAGCUACUAGCCUGGGCAUGCGCACCAUUAAGGUCCGCAACCCAGAGGCUGCCAUCGAGGAACUGGAAGGUCUUUUGGGUUUUGCACUAAGAAGCAUUCCAAAUUCUGGGCCUGUGAGAAAGAACAUGGAAAUCCCAACAGAGUCCUUGCAGAAGUACCUCAGAGAACUUCUGGGUCCCUCAGCCGCAGGUCCAAUGGAGCUUCUUCAGUUUGACCACGGGCAGUCAAACCCAACGUACGCCAUCCGGGUGGCAGGCCAGCAGCUCGUUCUGAGGAAGAAGCCUCCAGGGAAGCUACUUCUCUCUGCUCAUGCGAUAGAGAGGGAGUUCAGGAUAAUGAAAGCCCUUUCGAAUGUUGGUGUCCCAGUGCCAAAAGUCCUUGACCUCUGCACCGAUUCCAGUGUCAUUGGCACCCCGUUCUAUCUGAUGGAGUACUGCCCCGGCAUCAUCUACAAAGACCCCUCACUGCCAGACUUGGAGCCCAGCCAGAGGCAAGCCAUAUACGCUGCCAUGAGCAAAGUCUUGUGCCAGAUCCACAGUGUGGACCUCAAGGCCGCAGGUCUAGAAGACUAUGGGAAACAUGAAAACUACAUUGCACGCCAGGUCCAGACCUGGACCAAACAGUACCGAGCCUCAGAAACCAGCACCAUCCCCUCGAUGGAGCGGCUCAUCGAAUGGCUGCCGCACCAUGUCCCCAAGCAGCAGAGGACCACAGUGGUGCAUGGGGACUUCAGGCUGGACAACCUGAUCUUCCAUCCUGAGAAGUCGGAGGUGCUAGCCGUCCUUGAUUGGGAACUCUCCACACUAGGGGACCCCCUGUCAGACGUGGCCUAUAGUUGCCUGGCUCACUUCCUCCCUUCCAGUUUUCCCCUUCUGAAAGGUUUGGGAGAGAGUGAUCUGCCUAAGCUGGGGAUCCCAAGCGCUGAGCAGCUCCUGGAUAUGUACCGUGAGCACGCCGGGAUCCCUGCCGUGGACAGCUGGAACUUCUACCUGGCUUUCUCCUUCUUCCGUGUGGCCGCCAUCCUGCAGGGGGUCUACAAACGCUCCCUCACAGGGCAAGCCAGCUCAGCAAACGCCAAGCAGAGUGGGAAGCUAACCGAAUUCAUGUCUAACCUGGCAUGGGAUUUUGCAAUCAAAGAAGGGUUCCAAGUUUUCAAAGCGAUGCCAGCCACACAGCCCUUGGCGAGGUCCUAUCACACACGGGCCAGUGCUCCGUCCCUACCCAGUCCUCCAGGCACUAGGGCCUACUGCUCUACACCCAGGUCGUCCCCAACUCCUGCUGCCUCACCAGGAACCCUGAUCCUCUCCCCUGAGGGUCUUAACGCACCCGUCAGGGAGCUGUAUCAGCGGCUGAAGAAGUUCAUGGACCGCCAUGUGUAUCCCGCGGAGCCAGAACUGUGUCGUCAUCAGGUUUCAGCCAAGAAGUGGACCCCUGCCCCACUGAUGGAAGAACUCAAGGAAAAAGCGAAAGCCGAAGGACUUUGGAACCUUUUCCUCCCCUUGGACACAGACCCCGAAAGAAAAUACGGAGCAGGGCUUACCAACAUGGAGUAUGCACACUUGUGUGAGCUGAUGGGAAAGUCUCUGUUUGCUCCUGAGAUAUUCAACUGUUCUGCUCCUGAUACCGGGAACAUGGAAGUUCUGGUGCGCUACGGCACAGAGGCCCAGAAGGCCCGCUGGUUGCCACAGCUGCUGGAUGGCAAGGCCCGCUCCUGCUUUGCUAUGACUGAGCCCCAGGUCGCCUCCUCGGACGCCACCAACAUCCAGUCUUCCAUCAGAGAGGAGGGCGACUCGUACGUGAUCAAUGGUCGCAAAUGGUGGAUCUCAGGCAGCCUGGAUCCGCGCUGUGAGCUUUGCAUAUUUAUGGGGAAAACAGAUGCACAGGCCCCCCGCCACCAGCAGCAGACCAUGCUCUUGGUUCCCAUGAACACCCCAGGCAUCAAGGUUCUCCGGCCUCUGACCGUCUAUGGACUGGACGACGCUCCAAGUGGCCAUGGAGAAGUCCUUUUUGAGCAGGUGCGUGUACCCAAGGAGAAUGUGUUGCUGGGCCCUGGUCGAGGGUUCGAGAUCGCCCAGGGCAGACUGGGUCCAGGCCGGAUCCAUCACUGCAUGCGGCUGAUUGGGUACUCGGAGAGAGCACUAGCACUUAUGAAGGAACGGGCCAAGUCCCGAGUGGCCUUCGGGAAGCCCCUGAUCGAGCACGGCACAAUCCUGGCUGAUAUCGCCCAGUCGCGCGUGGAGAUCGAGCAGGCCCGGCUGCUGGUGCUCAAAGCGGCUCACCUCAUGGACGUGGCUGGAAAUAAGGCUGCCGCUUUAGAAAUCGCCAUGAUUAAACUGGUGGCCCCAUCCAUGGCGUAUCGUGUCAUUGACCGAGCUAUUCAGGCCUUCGGAGCAGCAGGGCUGAGCAGCGACUACCCACUGGCCCAGUUCUUUGCCUGGGCCCGAGUUCUGCGCAUUGCUGAUGGUCCCGAUGAGGUGCACCGGGCAACUGUGGCCAAGCUGGAGUUGAAGCCCUCGGUGUAAUCAUAGGUGUAAAUCUGUGUGCGGUGUGAACCCCAUACCUCUGCUGGG